UUAGAGCUCAUACUCGGCAAGGCUUACCUGCCCGCUUACCAAUGAUGGUGAAACAUGUCACAUUGAUAAGGGCUCGCGAACUCGGUGAACUCACUUUCAACCUCCGUGCAUAGCCUCGAUUGUAGUUUGCACAUACAGUAAAACGUCAGUUACCUAAAGAGUAUCCAGGCAAGGUCACAUUACUGUCUAGACUCCGAGGCUAAAGUGUCGCGCAGCACACCGAUGGAAGAGUCGCCCGCCGCAUCCCUGGGCGAUGUGCUCAAUUGGCGGUCGCUGCGAUGGAACGACGGCUGUACCUAUGACGGCCUUGAGGCGCGCGGCGCCUGCGAGUCUCACGGCGUGGUGACGCGGCCUGGCCGGAGGGAGCGCUACGAGGGAGAGCUGGUCGGCAGCCGGCCGCACGGCCACGGCGCCUACCGCUGGCGGGACGGCACAUGAGUGACAUCCGUCCGGGAUACCUGGGUGUCUUUCAGAUGGCUGUAUCGCGGCGAGUGGUACGCGGGCCACAUGCACGGCUGCGGCGUGCUCAUCUGGCGGGAUGCACAAGGCGAGGUGCAGGCGCAGGUGGGCUUGAGUGAUUGCUUGGACGUGCGUUCGCGUGUGUAUCGUACUCGGCUGUGUCUGUGUGUGUUCGCGUGGUGUCGCACAUGCACACGGCCGUGUGGCCGUAUGUAUGGCUAGCGUAAGAGUGCGG